GCACAGCGCGCGCAGGCGCACUCACAGUCCGACUCCUCGCGUAGCUAACCCGUUAGCCGCUAGCUCGGGGGACUAAGUCAAACUCCUCCGAAUCCCUGUCCGAGCUCGACACGAGUGGGCUGUGCCGAGCGGCUCUUGUGGUUCCUACGCGCUUUCGGACUCUUCCCCGUAGCUCGAAUGGCUUUGGCGGCGGCGCUGAGAAGACUGGCUCCCGUCGCGUUAGGAGCGUUUCCGCGGCGAACGACGGCGGUCACGCUGGGCUGCGGCAGCAGGCUGGCGGGGACGAGGCGGCUCAGUGCGGGCACGCAGCCCCUGAGGUCAGACAACAAGGUGACGAUCCACUUCAUCAACAGAGACGGGGAGAAGGUCACAGUGAAGGGCUCGUCUGGAGACACGUUGCUAGAUGUGGUCAUUAAUGAAGACCUUGACUUCGAUGGCUUUGGAGCGUGUGAGGGGACGCUGGCGUGCUCCACGUGUCAUUUGAUCUUUGACGAGGAAGUUUACAAGAAGCUGGGACGAGUGACGGACGAGGAGAUGGACAUGCUAGACUUAGCCUAUGGCCUGACUGAGACGUCUCGUCUGGGCUGUCAGAUCUGUCUGACAAAGUCCCUGGACGGCAUGGUGGCCAGGGUCCCAGAGAGCGUGACCGACAUCAGACAGAGCAAAGACGAGACGGCCUAGUCAGGAAGUGGCAGCAGAGGUGUGAGAUUAUGCCCAGUCACAACUGGAGGUCCCGCGUGUGCACUGGGACAGUGGUGGGGUUGACUCUGGAACUUGGCUGCAUCUGGUCGGCUGCCGCUGCAUUACCUUGUUUUUGAUUUUAAAAAAAGAACUUACACCACAGGAGAGUUUCUAUAACCCUUAGAAAAGCUAGCUUGAUGAAUCAAAGUAUUUAUAAAAUCUAAACUCUGAGAAACGGACUAACCUUAUUGUAACAUUGCUUGUUCAGUUGAAUCCCUCCAUAAAUGUUACACUGCUAUUUGUCAUAUGAGGGGCACACGGUGGACCUGUAGUUCUUGCCAGUGCCUUCCACGAUCAAAGAAAGUGUCUUCUUUCAGUUUGUUUUCUACACCAGGAGUCAAUCUGGUCUUGAUGCAGCAGCUGAGGUUUCAAAUCAACCUUUCCUAGUUGGUAAAUCACAGCUUUUUGAAAUGUCACAUUUUAAGAGGCUAUUUGUGGUGCGGUUGCCGACAACAUGCUUUAUUUCAGGGUAGUGUAUUUACUGAGCUACUGUUUAUGUAAUCAACCAAACACUCAUAUGUGUGUAGAGUAUAAAAAUUAUGUAAUAAAGAUAAUCAGAUUUCUAAUGA